AGACAUACACCUAAAUGACACCACACUUAAUACCCAUCGAUCAUAUUCUGUCUUUCCUUGUAAGACAUGUCUUACUACAUUUCUCAACAUAGCUUAAUCUGCAAGGAUUAUCUUGAAUUGAAACCAGAAGAAGCUACUUUUUACGAUCUUCUUCGGUUUUUAUUCUGUAAUGAGAAGAGAAAUACUGUGGUUUGCCCUACUGAAUUCGAAGACGAGUUAAGAAGAUUCAAUUAUCGAUGGCUCGUUUUUACGUCUGCUCUUAUGUUGAAGUUGUUUCGAUAUAUCAAGACGCCUGUGGCGUACAUUGGCUAUUUGGUCGAGGCGUGGAUGAAUCUCAUUACGAAUAAUGGCGGGUUGAUCAAACUCUCCUUCAAUUUUAUCAAAGGAAAAGUGGUAAUGCCAAAUGUGUCAAGCGAGACAUAUAGAUCAAUGUUUGCACUUCUUGAUAGGAGAGUUGACUUGGACCCAACUAUUCAACCGGGCCAUCUCAAUUAUGAGGCUUCCCUCUCUUGGAUGGCUGCUAAGUUAUCCUAUGAAAAUUCAGCCUUCAUUCAAACCAUUGUUCAAGACCAUUGGAAGAUGGAGUUGUUAGGAUCCUACAACUUUCGAAAUGAUUUUCAAGCGAAUAACUCGACAGAUGCAUUCAUAGCGCGCAACAAAAGCGAAAAGAACGACACAAUAGUGGUGGCAUUUACAGGUACAAAACCCUUUGACACAGACGACUGGCGUGCAGACAUUGACAUCUCUUGGUUUGGGCUGCCAAAAGUAGGAAGAGUUCACGGUGGAUUUAUGAAGGCAUUAGGCCUCCAACAAAACAAAAACGACGUCGGAUGGCCUAAAGACAUCAAAAUAGGUCACGAUAAACAACAAUUUGCGUAUUACACAAUUAGAAAAGUCCUUAAAGAGAACAAAAAUGCAAAGUUUGUAUUAACAGGGCAUAGUUUGGGAGGAGCAUUAGCAAUUUUAUUCGCGAGCGUGCUAAUUUUACAUGAAGAGAAAGAAUUGCUCGAUCGAUUGGAGGGCGUCUACACGUUCGGACAACCGAGGGUAGGAGACGACGAAUUUGGAGAGUUCAUGAAGACCAAAUUGAAGGCCUACAAUGUCAAAUAUUGUAGGUAUGUAUAUUGUAACGAUAUGGUUCCUCGACUCCCUUAUGAUAACAAGACUCUCUUGUUUAAACAUUUUGGACCUAGUCUCUACUACGAUUCUUUCUACCGAGGAAAGGAAUUGGAAGAGGAGCCUAACAAGAACUACAUUUCAUUGUUAUGGAUGAUACCAAAGCACAUGAAUGCAAGUUGGGAGCUAGUAAGGGCAUUCAUAUAUCCACAUAUGAGAUGGGGCCCAGAUUACAAAGAAAGCUGGUGUGAAGUAAUAUAUCGAGUUAUUGGGCUCGUAUUGCCGGGUCUUGUGGCCCACGGUCCACAAGAUUAUACCAACUUAACUCGAUUGGGCCGCAUGUCUUUACCUCUUCACGAUCAUGUUAAGAAAAAGUAACUGAAUUUUAAUUAUUCAUGUAAAACCCUUUUUCAUUUUUUGCGCUGGCAUUGUCAAAUCGUUUAAGCUAAUUUGUCAUUUCUAUGUUAAUUGUUGAGUUAAUAGUUUGGGAGUUAAAAAAAUCGCAAACAAGUUCUCAGCUACAACAAUAAUACUUU